AUGGUGCCUGUCGCUCCGGCACCUGGAGUCUACUUCCCACCCUUCGGAUCGAAACCGACAAGCCAAUCCCGUAUAUGUUCGGCAACACCUCAGAAGAUACUGGAAAAGAGAAAGCCUUCUCAGCAGUACACCCAAGUCAAGAAGUCUUUCUUCCAGAUCAUCAUGCGCGAGUGGCCUUCUCAGCAGUACACCCAAAUCAAGAAGUCUUUCUUCCAGAUCGUCAUGCGCGAGUGGCCUUCUCAGCAGUACACCCAGAUCAAGAAGUCUUUCUUCCAGCGCGGAGAAACCCGCUUCGACCUCGAGGACGUCUUCUUCUAUCGACAACACGCAACUCCACCUAUGUUUCACGAAAACAACGACCGCCACUGCCGAUGGGGUCUGGUUCUUCUAAAAGCAAGAUGUUCAAUAUGA